AGCAAAGUGUGUACAUUCUAUGCAUUUAAAGUUGAGGGUAAGGUGAAAAAGGUUUAGUUAAAAAUGGCUCAGCAGUUCGCCUGUGGUGUCAUUGCGACGAUCGCUCUCUUGUGCGCAGGAUGCCAUUCACAGGCACCAGAAUGCGGCAGAUCUACAAUCAACACCAGAAUUGUGGGAGGUCAAGGUGCACUUGCUGGAAGCUGGCCCUGGCAGGCCAAGUUAUACAAUCAAGGACAAUACUCCUGUGGAGGGUCUCUGAUAAACAAUGAGUGGGUGCUGACAGCUGCUCACUGCACGCCAAUGUAUCAUCUGAGUGACAUAGUGGUCUUCCUGGGCCUCUACAACCACUCAGCUGUGAGCUCCGACGUAGUGUCUCGGACACUUAAGCAGACCGUGAUCCAUCCUGGAUUUGACUUUCUAACAUUAGAGAACGACAUUGGUCUCCUGAGGCUGUCGGCCCCCGUCAAUUUCACAUCCUACAUAAAGCCAGUCUGCUUAGCCUCAGAAAAUAGCAGUUUCCACUCUGGGAUUAGCAGCUGGGUGACUGGUUUUGGUGUUACUGAUUCUGGUUCCUUCACCGACGUUUUGCAGGAAGUGAAUGUACCAAUAAUGGGAAACAACGAGUGCAGAUGCUAUUAUGGAUCCAGUGAGAUUGCAGACUCCAUGAUCUGUGCUGGACUUGAAGCUGGAGGGAAGGAUUCGUGUUAUGGAGACUCAGGAAGCCCACUCAUGAGCAAAAAAGAUGAUGUCUGGGUCCAGAGUGGAAUUGUGAGUUUUGGCCUUGGCUGUGGUCUGCCUAGGAAGCCGGGAGUCUACACUCGUUUGUCUGAAUACCAGACAUGGAUCAGUGAAAGCAUCGAAGGCACAGCAGCAGGCUUUGUUACCUUCACAUCCCCAGGCACUGACAGUGACUUAAACUUUACGUGUUCAACACCACUACCUCCCACUACCCGCUACCCCACCACAGUCACUCCUACCAGUCACACUGACUCUGGGAAGGAUUGUGACAGUGUAUUUGACAGUGGACUAAACCUGGUCCACUUCACUUCGCUCACCUCUCUCUCCCUUCUUGUUCUUUUAUUUCAUUUUAUUGGUUGAUGGUGGCGGAAUGUAACCUGUACCCCAGUACCCAGUAAUGCUCUUGAGUGCAAAUCUGAGAUUAGGGCAGGGUGAUGAGGCCAAAACAUAUAUAUUUUUUGGCAGGUUUGUUAGGAAUUCACAAAUUUUCAUUCUUAAAACUACGUUUCGGAACUAGAGGUUCCAAUCAGUAUCGGGCCCAAAACCAUUCCCUCUAAUGUCUAACAUUUCUUCUGUAUUAGUGGUGGUAGGCUAGCUUUAAAAGUGUACAGAAAAAAAAUUAAUUCCACUAUGGUUCAUAAGAUUAGUGUAAUAACUCAUCUUUCAGAUGAUGUAAUUUUGUGCAAAAUUCUAUUUUCGAGUAAAUCCCGGGUGAAAGUGUGAUAUUAUUUUUCGCAUUGGAUAGUGUAGGUGCACACUAUCUGCAUAUUUUGAGUUGGAGUGAGCAGUUUUGUGACUUUUUAGAGAGUUAUUAUCUAGUGUGCAGUUGCAAGAGAGUUAGUAAGGGACAUGUACGGCGUCUGCCUCACCUUCCUUGGGCUUAUCAUCUUCCUCCAAAUCCUGGAAUUCGGGACCUUCUUCCAAGUACGAGGGCUGCGAUGGAGGAGUUUUGUCCGCCACCACCGACACAAAACUCUCCUCCGUCCCUCCUUCACUGUUAUCCAGAUCCCAGUGAUCCAUCACUUAGCCUAGCUCAGUACGUACACACACACACACACACACACACACACACAUGUACACCUUUAAAGCUGGAAAAAUGUGAAUGAGCUUAUGAUGUUGGAUAACCUGUCCAUUUCUGGAGUAGAGAACAGGUUUUCUACAACCAACAAAUGAGUUACUCUCUCCCCCUAUUUAGCAUUGGCAUUCCUGUUUACUGGACUUACAGUUGCACAGUUGCAAGUAUCUCAAGGCACACAGUAUCCACUAACAUCUCACACACAAGAAUAUGGGUCUUCUGUCUACGAACAGAGUGGUGAAACUGAACUUUUACUACAGUAAUGUACUUUAGUAAAACAUUUGAAGCAUGUCUAUGAGAUUAUAUGUUUUUUUAUAUAUGUUACUAUUACAUAGUAUACUGUUAUCACAAUAUGAUGACUUGAUUUAAACCCUUUCGUCUUGUUCUAUGGUGGAAUCAUGGUUCCCAUUUAAGUUUCAUGAAUAAAGCAUAACAAGCACA